AUGGAUCCAGACCGCGAUGAUUGUGAAACACAUUUUAUUUGGGCAAAAGGGGGACUUGACAUUUGUGUCGCUUCAACGUGUCUGUGGAUCACGACGCCCCCCCCCCGGGUGUGUGCUCCUGCCCCGCUGCCCCGCUCCGGGCUCCGCUCCCUGUUGCUGCUCCUGUCCGUCGUGUCCGCCGCCGACGGCAAAACCUUCAGGUACUCGAUCUACGAGGAGGAGGUCCCGGGCACUGUGAUCGGAAACUUGGCCGAAGACGCGCAGAUAACCGCAGCCGAUGAUGAUCUGCGGAGCAGUUUCCGACCGAUGCAGAAGCUCAACGCGUCUUUGAUCCAAGUGGGAGAGAGUGCGGGCGACCUGACCAUCGGGGGCCGUAUCGACCGGGAGCAGAUCUGUCGGGACACGUCGCCCUGUCUGAUCGCUUUCGAUGUGGUCAACUUUUCCAGAGAGACCUUUAAACUGCUCCACGUGGAGGUCGAGGUCAGAGACAUCAACGACAACGCGCCCGAGUUCCCCAACUCCGAGAUGUCGGUGCAGAUCUCCGAGAGCUCAGCGCUCGGGACCCGAAUCCCUCUCGAGGUCGCGGUCGACGCCGAUGUCGGCGACAAUUAUCUGCAAAACUACGCCAUUUCUGCCAACAGCCACUUCAGCCUCGAGAUGCAAACCCGGAGCGAUGGCGUCAAGUGCGCCGACCUGGUGCUGGUCCAAGCCCUCGACCGGGAAAGUCAGGCUCACCUGACACUAGAGCUGUCCGCACAGGACGGGGGCCAUCCCCCUGAGGUGGGAAGAGCUAAGGUCCAGGUCGAGGUUCUGGACUGGAACGACAACAGCCCCGAGUUUGUGCAGAAGUCCUUCCUGGUGGAGCUCCAUGAAGAUGCUCCGGUGGGUUUCCUGCUGCUGCACCUGGAGGCCGUGGACCCUGACCAGGGGCUGAACGGACAGGUGGUCUAUGGCUUCAGCCCUCACCUCUCGCCUGAGGUUCGACAACUCUUUCGAGUCGAUGCCAAGUCUGGCCGUUUGACCCUGGAGGGGGCCGUCGACUACGAAAGCAGAAAAACGUACGAGUUGGAUGUUCAAGGUCGCGAUCUGGGUCCCAACUCCAUCCCCGCCAACUGCAAGGUCACCGUCAACAUCCUGGACGUGAACGACAACGCCCCGGAGAUCGCCAUCACCCCCAUGACCUCCGUCAGCUCCGGAGUCGCCUACAUCACCGAGGCCGCCGCCAAAGACAGCUUCGUGGCUCUGAUCGGCACCUCGGACAGCGACUCGGGCUCCAACGGCCAAGUGUCUUGUACUCUGUACGGACACGAUCACUUCAAGCUGCAGCAAGCGUAUGCCGACAGCUACAUGAUCGUCACCACGGCGGCUCUGGACCGCGAGAGGAUCGGGGAAUAUAACCUGACUGUGGUGGCCGAGGACCUGGGCUCCCCUCCCUACAAGAGCAUCAGGCAGUACACCAUCCGCCUGAGCGACGUGAACGACAACGCCCCCUCUUUCUCCAAAGCCAUCUACCAAGUGUCCGUCCUGGAGAACAACGCGCCGGGGGCUUACAUCACCACCGUGGUGGCCCGCGAUCCCGAUCUGGGUGCCAACGGGCAGGUCGGGUACCGUCUGGUGGACACGCAGGUCCUGGGGACCCCCGUCUCCGCUCUGGUGUCUGUGGACCCGACCACUGGGGCCAUCUAUGCGCUGCGCUCGCUGGACCGGGAGCGGCUGGAGGAGUUGGAGCUGCGGAUGGAGGCGAGUGACGGCGGCUCCCCACAGCUCAGCAGUUCAGCGCUCAUCCAGCUGAGGGUCGCCGAUCAGAACGAUAACGCUCCUGUCGUCACCCACCCCGUCCCUAGCAACCGCUCUGCGACAGUGCUGCUGCCUAGCAACGCACCAUCCGGUUACCUGGCAACACGCAUCCGCGCUCGGGACGCUGACGAGGGGCUGAAUUCUCAGCUGACGUACGGACUCCUGCGGGGGAGCCCCCGGCUCUUCACUGCCAACAGCGUGACCGGGGAGAUCUUCCUCAACAGACUCCUCAGCAAAGACAGGCCGCCCGCCCUCAAGAUCAUCGUGGCUGUUCACGACAACGGCCGACCAUCGCUGUCCUCCACAGUCACCGUCAGCUUUGUUGUGAGGCCACCAGCACCUCCCGGCAGCCAAGAGCUUGUCAUCCGCAGCUCUGCCCAAACACAGCGGCCCUGGGACAUCUCCUCCAUCAUCAUCAUGUUCCUCGGUGGAGGCUGUGUUGUGUUAAUGAUGGCAAUUAUUGGAGUGUCGGCGACUUGCCAUAAAAGUACUAAGGCAGGCAAACAUAGUGACAGUUCAUUUGGGACUAAAUGUCACAUUUCUCAGCUAGAAGCAAGAAGAAACCAAGAUGACAGGCUGAUGAAAAUCAGUGAGCCAGAUCAACUGAAAAUUGUUGACAUGCAGCCAAAUUCAUCUUCUGAAUUUUCUUUGACAAAUGAAUCGGAAGAUUGUGAAAGUGCAGGAGUUGUAGGAUCAAUAGAGGGGGAAGAGGGUGUUUGUCUACUGGAAGCAGAUCAUAAAGUCCCAAGCUAUAAUGUGGAGAGCUUUUUACCAGAAUCUGCUCUUAAUCAUGGAACUUUCCUUGAAGUUGCUGUCCAACAAGGCAGAGGCUUUCUAGAUCCAGUUCAAGAUGGAUUUAGUGGAAAGGACAGCGGUAAAGGGGACAGUGACUUCAAUGACAGUGAUUCUGAUAUAAGUGGCGAUGGAAUAAGAAAAGGAAACAUGUCAAUGGAACAAAGACAGAAUGGUCUAUUACCUUGUCUUAAGGAAAACCAAACUCUUGGUUCUCAUCCAGAACCAUAUUACAGGCUAGCCGCUCAGGCAACAGAUAUUAGUAAACUCUCUCCCCAGUUUAAACAGAGCUAUAUGAUUGCUUAUUCAACAGUACCUGCUACCUUCCUGCACUCUACAUGUGGCAAAACCACUUCACUUCCUCAAGAUCAUCCAUUGAAUUACACAUGUCAAUAUGGACACUUACCAAAAUCAGGAGCACUGCAGAUUUCUCAAAGAGUUUUUCCCAGAGAAUCUGGAAGAACAAUGAUUUUUCCCCAUCCACCAGAAGUGAGACACAAUGAAGUGACUGAAAUUAGUUCGUCUGUACAUAUUGUCCCAGGAUCUAGAUGUCACCAGAACUAUGUGAACAGAACAAUCUCAGAGGUGGCUACUUCUUUUUGA